AAAUGAGAAUAUGUUAGUGAGUGAUUCUAUCACUUGAGAUAUAAUUUGUAGGGACAAGAGACGGUGAAGGGAUAGAUUUGGAUCUGAUAAUCACUUUCUAAAUCCGAAAAUUCAUUGAUAUUGGUGAAAUCAGCGCAGGGAAGGAAAGGAACCCUAACAUGCGCCCAAAUUGUUGCCACGUUUCCUUAGCUUUCAUUCUGAAAUUUCUGAAUUUCCUUCAAGCUUUCGUUGGGGUUUCCAUUUUGGUGUAUUCGAUAUGGAUGUUAAAUCAAUGGGAGCAUCGCGUUCCUCGUCCACCUCUCCCUCACGCCUAUGCUUUCUACUAUUUCGAUUCUGUCAACCUCCCCUCUCCUUGGUUCAUCUACGCUUUCAUGGGAGUAGGAAUACUGGUGUGCUGCAUAACUUUCUUGGGUUGCAUUGCUGCUGAAAUGAUCAACAGUUGCUGCUUGUGUUUUUACACUCUACUUGUCACGAUACUUCUGCUACUGGAGGCUGCUCUGGUGGGAUUCAUUGCAGUUGAUCAUCAUUGGGAAGCGGAUCUUCCAAUUGAUCCAACUGGUCAACUUGACAGCCUAAGAUCUUUCAUUGAAAAUAAUCUGGAUAUCUGUAGAUGGGUUGGCAUUGCUGUGCUUGUGGUUCAGGCAUUAUCUUUACUACUGGCACUAAUUUUGCGAGCCACAAUUUCUACUCGGAGAGAAGAUUUUGAUUACGAGGAUGAAUAUGAUGCUAGGGGUAGAAGCUGGGAGCCCCUGCUGAAUCCUCAAUCUGGUCAACCAUCUGGAUCUAGCAAAGGUGAUAACCGAGUAAAUCAUUCAGAUAUUUGGAGCUCACGGAUGAGAGAGAAGUAUGGAUUGAACAAUGGUGAUAAGAGCAGCUACCAAGCAUGAAUUCAAGCAAUGAGUGCUACUAGCUGUCAAGCAAUUCAAUGUUGUGUUGACAUGAGUACAUAUGUAUAUCUUUUGCUUUAAUGUUUUACUGUUUUUCAUUUGUUUCUCUGGAAAAUUUGUCGUCUAUGCUAUAUAGUCAAGGUAUGUAUUUUAAACCAGUUAUUGAUAUUUUGUGUCUAAAUAGCAUAGCAAAAGAGAAAAAUGAAAAAAAAGGUGACAAAGGAUUCGAUCUCAGCAUCUUCAUGAAUGCUAAAUUGACAGUCUCUAUAACAACAACGAAAAAGAAAGUUUAGUGGGGUGGAAAGCCAUCGGUUGACAUUGCAAUAUUGCUCGAUGUCUCUGCAGAACAUUGAGCACCUCGUAACAUUUGAGAGAAUUUUUGUUGGAAACCUUGAUUGGUGGGUUAAGCGAAAUAUGAGAGAAUUUAAACACACAGCUACACAGGUAUGUGAGUAUGUGGCUCUUCCGGUGAAGCCGAGUAGUUUGAAGUACCUUAUCAAGGGGUAGGAGCUUUGCUGUAUUUAUGUAAAAAUCUUCUUUAUAAAAUAGGCAUUAAAUAAUAAAAAUAUAUUUAUUAUCUUAAAAA